UCAGCUCAGAGAUCUUUCUGUAGCUUCCAUGAAUGCAGUAUAUAAGUGUUAUCACUGUUAUCGAAAUACUGCUCUUACAACAGAAGCAGAACAAGCUCCCGUUUUGACGCGUGCGUACCAGAAAUUCGGAAAAUAGCUUCAAUUGAUCGUGGAUUAUGUGUUGCAUAAUAAUUUUGUGAUAAUAUCUCGUGAAAUAGAUAUCAAGCGAUGUCGUACAAUAACACAUCUAAUAUCGAUGUGCCCGAGAAGAAAAAGAUUCAACAACGAGAUUCGGUUGCGAUUGAAGAUGUGCCAACAACAAAAAUCGCGGAUUUCGAAACGGCGAUCACCUCCGCUGGAAUGGGAAAAUUUCAAUAUCUUCUCAUUCUUGGGAUUAUCCCGGUUUCAUGGGGAUCUAGUAUAGAUACAGCUAAUAUGUCGAUGAUACUUCCAUCGGCAGAGUGCGAUUUAGGAUUGUCGCUAUUUAACAAAGGGCUUUUAAACGCCAUUGUCUAUGUGGGUAUGGUGUUGAGUGGUUUUGUAUGGGGAUACCUCGCUGAUGUUAAAGGAAGAAAGAAGAUUAUAUUAUACGGCUAUAUGGCGGAUGGUAUCUGUAGUAUACUGACAGGUUUUUCGCAGAAUUUUGAGACGCUUGUGUUCUUUAAAUUUCUCAGUGGCUUUAUUGUAAGUGGACCACAUGCCACUCUCGUGGCAUAUUGCUCCGAAUUUUAUGAUGCUAAAGGUAGAGUGAAAAUUCCGCUUUUUGUCGGCGUCUCCGUUUCGUUCGGAUGUGUAGUUAACGCAGCAUUGGCCUGGCUAGUGGUUCCUCAGCCAUGGUCAAUUGUUUUUGGGGAUGGUGCCUUUGUCUAUAAUUCCUGGAGGAUAUAUCUGUCCCUCUGUGGAUUACCGACAUUGAUAGGUGCCUUCUGUCUCUGUUUCUUUCCGGAGAGUCCCAAGUUUUUGAUGUCACAAGAUCGUAAUGAAGAUGCACUUGAGGUCUUUAAGAAAAUCUACAGUAUAAAUACUGGUCUGUCUAAGGAUAAUUAUCCUAUACGUGCAUUGAGAGAUAUAAAUUUAAACAAUACUAUAGAGCAAUCGCAUUCAUCAAAAUCUCAAACGAAAUCUUUAAAGGCUGGAAUUCAACAAAUGAAACCUAUGUUUUUGAGCCCAUAUCUGUCACGUGUAUUGUUAUUUGUUACCAUACAAUUCUGUGGAAUGUUAUGUUUAAACACCCUUCGUCUCUGGCAGCCACAACUCUUUGCGACGAUAGAGAACUUUAACAACCUUGAUUCUAACAUAACUAAUCCUACUUUUUGCGAAAUACUGGAUAUUUCGACAUCUGUCAAAGAAAAUAAAACUACUAUAUUGGAGAAAAUGUCAAAUUGUGAAAAUAUUGUUAUCGCAGAUUCAAUCUACAUUGACAGUAUUAUUGUGUCAGUUACUUCUAGCGUUUGUAUAUUGUGUGCCAGCAUCUUUGUUAAUUAUCUCCAACAUAAAUAUCUUUCAUUCGUCAGCUACGGAUGUGCGCUUUUAUGUUCUAUAUCUUUAAUCUGGUCUACAAACACAUUAGUCACCCUUGUACUUACGUGCUUGUACGUUGGAUUAAUGAGCAAAGCUUUUAACGUUACGCUUGGCGCGACUGUUUUGCUUUUUCCCACAUCUUUGAGAGCCAUGGCAGUAAGCAUGGAAAUGAUAAUAGGAAGAGUGGGUGCCAUGAUCGGUAAUCUGAUCUUUCCAAUUUUACUUGAAUAUAGCUGCAUAGCACCGAUUAUUAAUCUGACAUGCUUUAAUUUGCUAUGCAUGCUUCUUACGUGUUUCAUACCAAGCACGCGCAAGCACGCAGUGUAAGAAUAAUUGUCUUGCUAAAAUAUGAGAUCAAAGAGAGUAAUCAGAAGCAGAGGAUCUCAAAAAGAGAAACACGAAAGGAGCACAUUGACGGGUCUGCUCAGCUUUCACACUUCACUUUUUCAAUAACAUUUUCGAGAAUUCACGACCGUUGAGCGAAGCCUCCAAGGACCUAGAUCGAAGCUUAUCGUGAACCAUGAUCGAGCUCGUAUGAGGGCGGACAAUGGUCAUGCAUAUACAUGCAUAUAUACAAGCGAAAGACUGCACGAGGCCUUGAGUUUCACUUUCGACACAUCCUGGAGAGCCCUCCAGCCUUCACCCACAUGCUCGUUCUUCUCUAUCCCACGCCUCUUCUCCGUGUGGACGCAGCUUUAUCUCAGAUCUCAGGACCUCGUCAUCUCCAUACGCCAUCGUUGAUCGAUGCAAUAAAAAAAUGUAUCGCGAUGUAUGUAAGUUUCUAUACAAGAAGAAAAUUGAAACAUGCAAAUGAAGUAUGAAUUAGAUGCAUUGUCAUACCGAUUGUUAAUGAAUAGCUUAUAUUUUAACUAUUUUUAGACACAUAAAUACGUGAAUUAUUUAAGAGGAACUGUGAAAUAUGAAUUAUGUAUUAAUAACUCUAUUUUAUGAUAAUUAACUUACAUAUAUAAACUUAUGUAAACUUAUACUUUAUAAUGGAAGAGGUGAUUUCCGAGAAUUAUUAUAAUAAAUUAAUGAUUAUGAUUUGUAAAUUGCUCAUAUCUUUUUGUAUGUGA